AUGCGGGACCGCGACACGCCGGCGGACCGACGGGAGAGGGCGCAAGCCCAGCAAAAACGAAAGGCGGCGAACACGAAGGCGGCCGACAACAAGCGGCGGCGACUCGACGUCGCUGUCGGUGUGAGCCAAAUCAACGCAGCGAAGAAGCAAGACGCUUGGCAACGCCACAAAGCCGCAAAGGAGCAGAAGGAGAAGUACGUGCAAGUGUGAUCUCUUAACUCUACUGUAUCUUUUCUUGUGUGUAGGUGAACUGAGGCCUCGCCCGUCCUUGUUUCCAGUGCACCCCCAGCAGCCCCUGCACACGCGUCCAGGCUUGCGGUGACACGCACCUCUUCUCUUCACACCGUUCAUGCAGAUACCACAUGUCAGCUUUUCCGUGCACAGCAGACUUCUGUUGAGCCAUACAGCGACGAAGAUAGCGGCGACGAGGACUCCUAUAUCGAUCCUGCUAUAAAGGACCUUGUGUUGGGCCGAGGACCCCUGUGACUUUUCGGACAACGGUCAGGACGAGGCAGACUCGGACGAGGGCGAAGACUUAGUCGGACCCACGGUUGUGGAUGGCGCCGAUGGGGCCGCAACUGUCGCCAUUGUCAACAAGGUAGCGACCAGCAUCAUGGACGAUGAUGACGAAAGCGUCAUUCCAGGCGUAGUGAGUAGCAUUCAAGCAGGUUUCGGUACUUGCGUGCAGGCAUUCAAUGGGUCGUAUCAACACUUGCAGACGCCCCAGCCCAAGGCUCAGGCUCUACAGUCCUCAAUCGCCGGACAAGCUUUAAGACGCAAUCCACCGCAAGGUAGGGUUGCCAGUCGUACACCAGGCUCGUCUUCGUCGUUUGCGAGAUCGUCGCCCCUGGUCAAAAGGAACCUCGAUGUCAAUGCCCCCUACGACGGGGCGCACAACCGCAAGCCAAUAGAUCAAGAGACUUUGGAUUCAAAGCCCAACCACCGACAAGCAUCCGACUUGACUCUAGAGCAGAAGAUGGUCGCUGGCGCCUGGUUUCAAACUAUUUUCAUGCAGAAUAUUUUCGAGCUGCUUACAACAUCUUUCUCCCUCAGGGUGGGGUCGACAUGAACGAUUGCUCCUUCGAGGCCGAGGAUGAUUUUCAGAACGACCUUCUAUACGAGAUCUUUGUUAAGAUCGUCGCCGGCAUAAGGAAAGAAAAAUCUGCUGCUUUCCAAUGGCCAAAGGGAGGCCUCGACCCGAACGACAGUGAUCAUCGCGAGCUUGCAUUCGCUCUUUUGACUCAUGCAUAUGCCGGCGUAAGUUCCUCAACUGUUCAGCAAUGUCCAUUUCAAACUACCAAUCAUAUCGUUACAUUCUUGCUAUGACGGAUCAGGUUCGGUAUGCCAUGCAGGUCCUUACGCCGCCCCCAUCGCUCCCCGAAUCGUCCGACGCUGGCAGAAAUGCGAAUGUGGCGAAGCAAACCGUAGCGCUCUGGCACGAGUUCUCGGCCACUCACUAUCAGGGUCCCGUCAUGGCCAUACUGCGUAGGCGUCGUAGAGAAGGCUCUGGGCCUUUUUACUCAGAAGCUAUGCAGGUACGAGUCACCAAUCGAGUACAGAACAGCGUGGAAGUAGCACUCCUCGAGGAGUAUCGAGGGCCCGGGGUUUCUAGGCGGGGAACCAGUGACGAGAUGAGGAUCACAGCCCAACGGGCUUGCGACUUUGAAGAGUCUCUCUUCACUUGA